AUGUUUGGGGGGCGUAUCCAACAUACGCCCCCAGCAGAUUCCAUUUCAUUGGGGGUCUACAAAAACAAAGCCUUCUACGCCUUUGACGGCGACAUGGUAGUAGUUUGGGUAUGUGACUUGAUGGAUUAUGAUCUUUUAGAAAUCAACGAAACUGCUGAACUUGAAUUCAAACCUAAUUUCAAGUUGUCUGAUUUACCAUUAAAUGAAAAAUUUACUAUUUGUUCAUUAACAUCUGUACAAACCAAAUAUGGGGAGAGUAUUAUAGUUGAACUAGAACGCAAUGUGGUGUUUCUACCAAAACGUAUGGUCCCUCUCUUAAAAGGAAAGGAAGCUAAAUUCGAGAAUAAGGAAUAUUGCUUGGUAUACGAAGGCAGCAAAGAAGUUGGAAAGCUGAAUCCAGCACAACUGUUCAAAAUCGUUAAAAAGGAUGAGUCAUUAAUGAAACCCAAACCAUCAACAUCGAACCCCGCAGUUCCAAAGCUAGUAGGACCUUCAAGACCCAAUCCAUUGACAUCCAACCCAUCAACAUCCAGACCAUCGACAUCCAAGCCAUCAACAUUCAACCCCGUAGUUCCAAAAUUAGUUAUUGCCAAGAAAUGUAUUUCUAAAACUGAUUUAAAACAGGACAAAUACAGUGAUGUAUCAGAUACCGACUUUCAUAAUAAUUCAACGAUGGUGGAGUUAGACACCACCGUAUGUGAGGAAGAAGAAAUUGAGAAACAGCAAUCUACUGUGGCAUAUUUAGAUAAAUUGGAGCAAUUUAUCUCAGAAACAAAAGAUUUUGUCAAAAUAAAGCAAGAAAAAAGACUUCAAUUAUAUAAAAUGCUCAAAAAGUAUCAGUCUAAAGUCAACAAAAUUCAGAAAACACUGGAUAUUUUGGAUUCCAUUUUAAUGAAUCUAAUCGAAUUAAACAAAGUAUCUCUUGUAGAAAGGAAAGAGACGAUUAAAAUUUCUGAGUUGCCUCUAAAUAAGCCCAUCAAAAUCAGCAAGGAAAAAAUCGUUAAUACCAAGUAUGGAGACGCUGUUCUGUUGAAGUUAGUGGAUAAAGCAAUCUUCCUAUCCCAAAGAGUAACAGAGACAUAUAGACCGCACUUUGACGAAUUCGCUAAUCAACUGUACAGUAUUAUUUACAGAAGAGAAAUUGCCAUUGAAAAACCGAGUCCACUUGCUUCCUUUGAAAUUAUCAAGCAUUAG